CUGUUACACAAGAAAUGGGGACGGAGCGAGAUAGCUUUGAGGAAACAACGUUCCCAAUCCCGGGAUUGCUCUAUGUUUCGGUGAAGAUGGAGAACCAUAACCUCACUCCUCUCACUGGGGACCUCAUCCCUCACGUCUAUGGCUCCUCCCCUCUUGGUUCUUCCUGGGAUCCUUCCAAAGCUCUUUCCAUGGAACGAGAAUCUUCUUCAAUGUGGGAGUUGAGCUUUGUUGUUCCGCCUAAUCAUGAGGCUUUGGAUUUCAAAUUCCUCCUAAAGCCCAAGUACAUCGAUGCACCUUGUUUUGUGGAGGAGGGUCCAAGUCGCCUAGUCACUGGGGGAGCAUUGCAAGAUGGUGCAAGGCUUGCUUUGUUUAGGCUUGAUAAUGAUCAAGUUAUUGAGUGUCGAGUAUUUGUUGAAGCAAGCAGAGUUUGUCCCUUUGACCUUGCUGCUAGUUGGAGGGCUUAUCAGAAGCAUUUCCAUCUUUCAGCUAAUGCCUCUUCUGCAAUUUUGGAACUUGAUCUUGAGCAUUAUGUUGUCCCAGCUCCCUCAACUUCUGCAAAUUCAGCUCUUGCAUAUGCCGCUAACUUGACAGAGAAUCCCAAAUCACUUAGUAGUGGGUCUGGCAGCAAUUCAUAUUCCAUCAGAGAUAGUGAUGAACCUAUUGAGCAACCUGCAACAGUAAAGGAAAUGGAAGUUAGUGCCACAGACCCAUCUAAGGUGAAUCAAAGUCCUGGAAUUGUUAAGUCUUGGUCAGCGGGAACAAUUUCGCUUCUGCAAAAGGAAGAUGGUGAAAGGGGACUUUUUGUUGAUAGGGGUGUUGGAUCUCAUAGACUUAUAAAAUCUUAUAGUUCAAGUACUUUCUCUACGGAUCUUAAUUUUGAUACUGAUACGGAGAAUUCUAUUCCAGCAGCUGCUGGAGCUGUUGCAGCUGCUGCCAUUGCUGAUCAGAUGCUGGAUCCCAAGCAGGAUAGACGUUUGGCAAUUGUCAUGGUGAGUCUACCAGCUCGAGGUAAAACUUUUACUGCAGCUAAACUUACAAGAUAUCUUCGUUGGUUAGGCCAUGAUACCAAACACUUCAAUGUUGGUAAGUACCGUCGCCUUAAGCAUGGAACUAAUCAGUCUGCUGAUUUUUUUCGAGCUGACAAUCCUGAAGGCAUGGAAGCACGUAAUGAGGUAGCAAGGCUGACAUUUGAAGAUAUGAUAUCUUGGAUGCAAAAAGGUGGCCAGGUUGGGAUAUUUGAUGCCACAAACAGUAGCAAGCAGAGAAGAAACAUGCUGAUGAAAUUGGCUGAAGGAAGAUGCAAGAUUAUCUUUCUGGAAACAAUAUGCAAUGAUGUAGAAAUAAUUGAAAGAAAUAUACGUUUUAAGAUUCAGCAAAGUCCAGACUAUGCAGAAGUGCCAGAUUUUGAGGCUGGGUUGCGAGACUUUAAAAAUCGUGUAGCCAAUUAUGAGAAGGUUUAUGAGACAGUAGAAGAAGGAUCUUACAUAAAAAUGAUUGAUAUGGCCAGUGGAAAUGGUGGCCAAAUACAAGUGAAAAAUAUCAGUGGCUACCUACCUGGCCGAAUUGUCUUUUUCUUGCUUAAUACACAUCUUACACCACGCCCAAUAUUACUUACGCGGCAUGGAGAAAGUCAGGAUAAUGUUAGAGGAAGAAUUGGAGGAGAUCCUCCAUUAAGUGAGACUGGAGAACUUUAUAAAAAGAAGCUUGCCAAAUUUGUAGAAAAACGUCUCAAAUCAGAACGAGCUGCUUGUAUAUGGACUAGUACACUGCAGCGAACAAUUCUGACAGCAGGUCCAAUUGUUGGAUUUCCUAAGAUACAAUGGCGCGCACUUGAUGAGAUAAAUGCUGGGGUUUGUGAUGGGAUGACAUAUGAAGAAAUCAAGAACAACAUGCCAGAGGAGUAUGAAUCCCGCAAAAAGGACAAGCUUAGGUAUCGUUAUCCACGUGGAGAGUCUUACUUGGAUGUUAUUCAAAGGUUAGAGCCUGUAAUUAUUGAGCUUGAGCGACAACGAGCACCUGUUGUUGUGAUAUCUCACCAGGCAGUUUUGAGGGCAUUAUAUGCUUAUUUUACUGACAGACCUUUGAAAGAAAUUCCACAUAUGGAGGUGCCCCUGCAUACGAUAAUAGAGAUACACUUGGGAGUUACAGGUGUCCAAGAGAAAAGAUACAAACUAAUGGACUGAAAUGAAAAGGUGAAGAGGAGAGAAAAGAGAGGGGAAGGAGAUAUUUUUAACUGAACUUUAUCAUUGUUUAGAUUAAUUUUUUUACAAUGAGGAAAAAAAAGUGAUGAAAUAUCAUGUAAAUUGGUAUCCUCUAAAAGUUACUUUAUUCAUUUUCAUGAGCAUUCUUUAG